CGUUCGCGUUUGGCGUCCCUCGUUUCUCCCAUCCCAUUGUUUAUAAAUUAAAACCCCAGGUUCAUCACUCUAGACGUGUUCAUCAAGUAGUUAAGGACCUAUCAGCUAUAAUGACGGAUUAAAUCAGACAUUGACAGUUUCGUAAGGGUGUAACCAUGGCAGACAUAGAGUUAUGCCGGCUGUGUGCGGAAUCCAAGAGCAAAGUCAUUGGUAUUUAUGAUCCUGAGGGGCUCAGACUGGCGAUUGAAGAGAAAAUUAUCAGGUUUCUUCAUUUACAGGUCGUCACGUCCGACAACCUACCCCUCUCCAUCUGCAUCGACUGUUACGACCUCCUGGACCAAUGCACCCUCUUCUACGAGAGAACUCACCAGGCGCAGAUCUCCCUCCGCCACCUCUUUAUCGACAUCAAGCCCCUGCCGGACUCCUCCGACCCCAACAUCGACCACGUGGAGAAGAUCGUCGAGUAUUCGAACAAAACUGAAGACGAGACCGCUGACCUCGGUGACGACUACAUCCCAGGAGACGAGUUAGACCCUGACUACCUGACUGACGAGAACGAGCAGAAUGAGAUCCCCGAAAUUGACCACAAGUACACCCCCCUCGAGCCACCCGAGGAAGUGGAACCCCCGGGAGAAAACAAAACCUCACCCAAGCAGAGCAUCAAACAGGUGAGAAGACGAGUGAGGAAGCCAUCGAGUCCGAUCCGCUCAGGCUCCGAGACCGAGGAAAUAAAGAUUCCAGACAACUACAUGACUGGAACAGAAUCAGACAAAGAGAUGAUAGAAUCCAGGAUAGAUGACUACCCAAAAGCAAAGAAACGAGGAAGAACACUGGACAGAUAUCCCUGGUUGUGCACAGAUUGCAACGACAAAUUACCCUCUUUGGAGUCCCUGGAGAACCACCACAAUGUCGUUCACAUUCAGAGGCCCAAGUACAUGUGUGUCCAGUGCUGCAAGAUCUUCGAGAAGUACCCUGCAUUCUUGAGCCACGUGAAGAGACACAAGAACAAGUCAAAAUUCAGCUGCGAAGACUGCGGCAAGUCUUUCGUUCAUAAAAAGGUGCUGGAGUCACAUAGAGCUAUCCACAGUGACGAAAGGCCGCACAUUUGUCAGACGUGUGGCAAGAGCUUUCGACAGCAGAGUGCACUUUACAUUCAUGGCAGGUGCCAUCUCCCUGAGAACAUGAAGAAUCGGUUUCCCUGCGAUCAGUGUGGGAAGAGAUUCUCCACUAAACCCAAUCUGGUUACUCAUAAGAGGAUUCACUCUGGGGUGAGGAACUUCACGUGCGAUCAAUGUGGCAAGAGUUUUAUUCAGAAGGGAAACCUCGAGGCACAUUUCCUGACGCAUUCUGUUGAUAAACCUUAUAGUUGUUCGCAGUGUUCGAAGGCUUUCAAGACUCCCCUUCAGCUGAAGAAACAUGAGACUGUUCAUACUGGUGAUAAACCCCAUCAGUGCGCUGUCUGUGGGAGGACUUUUAGGGAGAAGGGAACUUUGAGGGAGCAUCACAGGAUACAUACUGGGGCUAUGCCAUUUACUUGCGAAUUCUGCGGGAAGUGCUUCAGGUUCAAGGGCAUCCUCACGACUCACAGGAGGCAGCACACUGGGGAGAGACCUUAUAGCUGUUUGGAGUGCCAGCAUCAUUUCACUAAUUGGCCGAAUUAUAAUAAACAUAUGAAGAGGAGACACGGGAUCAAUACUUCGCAUGCGAAACAUCUGCCUCAGAAUCAGGUCCAGGUGCAAGGGGGGCAGGAGGAGAAUGGCGGGCAGGCGGCUGAAGGAACUGCCAAUGUUGAGGUGACACAAAUAAUUACUGAGACCUCCACUCAGUCGAUAAUCCUCGAGACUGUCCCCGUCACGACUGUCGAAACGUUCCAGACUGAAACGCCUGCAGCAAUACAGACCGGCACAUUUUUCCGUGAUAAAAAUGCCACCUAUUUCAAUGCAGUACCAGUAACGAUACAAAAUUUUCUAACGCCGAAUGUACCUUAUAAUUUCUACACUGUGCCCAGUGUAAACGAGAAUGAAUCAAUUCUCCCAAAAUAGAAAAUUUAAUAGCUCAUGAGAAUUGGAAUGUUCUUUGAUCGAUUAUCUGGAUAAUUAGACACUCGCAUUGCAACACAAACAAAACAAUCAGUACUAACGUAACGAUAAACUAGUUUAAUUCAGUAAUGAUAAUGAUAAUUUCGACUAUCAUAAGGAAUGUGAAAGCCUCAACUCUUCCUGGGUUAAAUUUUUAAUGAAUUGAGAAGUUUAAGGAGCAAAAGUUCAUAUAAUAAUAAAUAUUGAGUGGUAAACAUAGUUUACCAAAUGUACAAAAUUCUAAUUCGUUCGUUCUGGGAAGAAAAAUGAACAUUUUUCCGUUUAAGAAAAGAUUUUGGAAAAAUCCCUAUUAUCAAAAAUAUUGUUUGUUAUCGUUUGCUCAUGUAAAAAUGUCCUAAGCAGUUCUUGUGAUAAACUGUCAAGUUCCACAAUAAAACAAGUUUUCAAAACA